AAUGCUCUUUUCCUAAAUUUCUUGAAUUAAGAAUAAUCAGUAUCCAAUAAUUUAAGAAAUGAUUUUUGAAUCAAACCGAACCGCAAAAAUGAAUUUGUUUUCCUCAAUUUUCUUUCUUUCGAACGUUUAUAAUUCGCUCAAUGCUAUGCAGUUGAAGGAUAUGUACUAUACCAGCUAUCUACCUUCAUGCGACAGCAAAGUGUAUUGUGACAGUGAGCUGUUACAUGACGUGCAAAUGGCGCGACUAUACCCUGAUUCCAAGGAAUUUGUUGACAAGAAGAUGAAGUACAAUGAAUCUUACACGCUGGAAAAGUAUGAAGAGCUCAAAAUACAAAAUGGCAGGAAAACUCCGUCCAAGGAGCAGUUGCAAAAGUUUGUCUACGAGCAUUUUGAAGAUGGCAACGAACUUGAGGUCUGGGUCCCGCCAGACUUUAAAGAACACAUCAGCCUGGAGGAGCGAAUCCGAGACACAGAAUACAAGAAGUUUGCCAAUGGUCUAAACCAAAUAUGGAAAAUCCUUGCCCGGAAAGUCAAAGUGGAGGUGAAAGAAAAAAGCGAUCAGUAUUCCUUGCUUUACACUCCCAAUGGGUUCUGCAUCCCAGGGGGUCGAUUCCGAGAGCUCUAUUACUGGGACACGUACUGGAUCGUCAAUGGCCUCAUCUUGAGUGACAUGGUGGAAACGGCCCGCGGUGUGAUUGAAAACAUUGUCUAUUUGGUCAAUAAGUAUGGAAUAAUGCCGAACGGAGCACGAGUCUACUACCAACGCCGUUCUCAGCCUCCGUUUCUCAUCUUGAUGUUCGAAAGUUACUACAAGGCUACGAGCGAUUCAAAGUUUGUUGAAAAACAUCUUAAGACUUUGACUAGUGAGUUUGAAUGGUGGCAAAACAAUAGGAAAGUGAAGUUUGUCAAGGAUAACAAGAGAUACGAAAUGUAUCGAUAUUUUGCUCCAUCCAAUGGACCAAGACCUGAAUCUUACAGGGAAGAUUACGAAUUGGCUGAAUCAAUUGAUACUGAAAUUGAGCGGGAGCGAUGGUAUGGCAGGAUGAAGUCUGGCGCAGAGAGUGGUUGGGACUUCUCAUCAAGGUGGUUCAUCAAUAAAAAUGGUGGAUACAAUGGUACUCUUUUGGAUGUGAAUACACCAAGCCUGGUUGUGACGGACCUCAAUGCAGUCAUGCACAAGAACGCCGUUUUCCUCAGCGAGUGGUGGGGCAAAAUGGGCGAUAAAUAUCGGUCUAAACUUUACAAAGAAGUCGCCGAUAAGCAGUUAGCCUCAAUUGAAGAGGUUCUUUGGAAUGAGCAACGUGGAUGUUGGUUUGAUUACGACUUGAAGAGCCAGAAACCCCGGGAUCAAUUUUACCCGUCCAAUUUUGCACCGCUUUGGACCGGCAGCUACACAAAGCCAAAGAUCCAGGUUGCUACUAGAAUCAUCGAAUACGUAAAGCAAGAGGAGAUGAUCACGAAUGAACUCACAGCUCGAUACCAUGGGCAACCGUGUUCUAAGUUUGAAUCAGGACAGCAGUGGGAUCAACCUAACGCUUGGCCCCCAGUCCAAGUGUUUUUGAUUCAAGGUCUGGACCGGACAGGCGUUCCUCAGGCGCAAGAAGUUGCCUACAGUUUUGCUCAGAACUGGGUUCACACUAACUAUCUGGGUUACAAGAAGGCAGGCUUCAUGUUUGAAAAGUAUCAUAUUCGGCUAGCAGGAGAAACAGGAGGAGGCGGAGAGUACGAACCUCAAACUGGAUUCGGUUGGACCAACGGUGUUGUUUUUGAAAUGCUAGAUAGGUACUCCGAUCGCUUGACAGCCAAUUACAAGUUUGAAGUGCAAUAGAAAGCUAAACGACUUUCUUGAUGGAUUUAAUCAAGUCGAAGUUUUGAACUAAAUUUGAUGAUGGUGAAAGCACAAUGGCUUCGUUUUAACUAGAUUGACAAAGUUUUGCAUUUAAAAACAGUAGUGUUGUUAGCAAACGGCCAGAAUCCUAUUUGUUGUACAUGGAGUGGUUUUGUAUCAACGGAAAGAAUGUCUGAUAAUGAAUUCAAUUUUCAAUAAAUCUGAGACUGAUUACCCUUUCAAA